AUGUUCCGGAACGCCCUCCGCCAGUCCAGCCGCGCCGUCGGCGCCAUCUCUGCCACCGGCAGAGUCGCUGCAGCUCGAAAUGCCGCACCCGCAGCUUUCAACGCUGCCGCCAUACAAUCCCGCACCUACGCCGCCGACGCCAAGGCAUCGCCGACUGAGGUUUCUUCCAUUCUCGAGCAGCGAAUUCGCGGUGUCCAGGAGGAGGCUGGUCUCGCCGAGACGGGCCGCGUUUUGUCUGUCGGUGAUGGUAUCGCCCGUGUGCAUGGUAUGGCCAACGUCCAGGCCGAGGAACUCGUUGAGUUCGCGUCUGGCGUUAAGGGUAUGUGCAUGAACCUUGAGGCCGGCCAGGUCGGUGUUGUGCUGUUCGGUUCCGAUCGUCUCGUCAAGGAGGGUGAGACCGUCAAGCGAACUGGCGAAAUUGUGGAUGUUCCUGUCGGCCCCGAGCUGCUCGGUCGUGUCGUCGAUGCCCUGGGUAACCCCAUUGACGGCAAGGGCCCUCUCAACACCAAGGAGAAGCGCCGUGCGCAGCUUAAGGCUCCCGGCAUUCUGCCACGACGAUCCGUCAACCAGCCAGUGCAGACUGGUCUCAAGUCCAUCGACGCCAUGGUGCCCAUCGGCCGUGGUCAGCGUGAGCUGAUCAUUGGUGAUCGUCAGACUGGCAAGACCGCUGUCGCUCUGGAUGCUAUGCUGAACCAGAAGCGCUGGAACAGCGGCAACGACGAGACCAAGAAGCUGUACUGCAUCUACGUCGCCGUCGGUCAGAAGCGAUCCACCGUUGCCCAGCUCGUCAAGACCCUUGAGGAGAACGACGCCAUGAAGUACUCUAUUGUCGUUGCCGCCACUGCCUCCGAAGCUGCUCCUCUCCAGUACAUCGCUCCCUUCACUGGUGCUUCGAUUGGAGAGUACUUCCGUGAUAAUGGCAAGCACGCUCUGCUUAUCUUUGACGAUCUGUCCAAGCAGGCUGUUGCUUACCGUCAAAUGUCUCUGCUGCUGCGUCGUCCCCCCGGUCGUGAGGCCUACCCCGGUGAUGUCUUCUACCUGCACUCUCGUCUGCUCGAGCGUGCCGCCAAGAUGAGCGACAAGCACGGUGGUGGUUCCCUGACUGCUCUGCCCAUCAUUGAGACCCAGGGUGGUGAUGUGUCUGCCUACAUUCCUACCAACGUCAUUUCCAUCACCGAUGGCCAGAUCUUCUUGGAGUCUGAACUCUUCUACAAGGGUGUCCGACCUGCCAUCAACGUCGGUCUGUCUGUGUCUCGUGUCGGUUCCGCUGCCCAGCUUAAGGCCAUGAAGCAAGUCGCCGGUUCGCUCAAGCUCUUCUUGGCCCAGUACCGUGAGGUCGCUGCCUUCGCUCAGUUCGGUUCCGAUCUCGAUGCUGCUACCAAGCAGACCCUGAACCGUGGUGAACGUUUGACCGAGCUUCUCAAGCAGAAGCAGUACUCCCCCAUGGCUGUCAACGAGAUGGUUCCUCUUAUCUUCGCUGGUGUCAACGGUCACCUUGACACUGUCCCUGUCAGCAAGAUCCUGCAGUGGGAGGCUGACUUCCUGGCCCACCUCAAGACCAACGAGUCCGACCUGAUCGCCACCAUUGAGAAGGAGGGUGCUCUUAGCAAGGAGCUCGAGGCUCGGUUGAAGGAUGUCAUCACCACCUUCACCAAGAGCUUCCUGGGUUAA